GAACAAGUGUAGGUGAGCAGGUAUAAAUAGUGUAUGUACAAUCACAAUUUCGUAGAUCAGUCCUGAUUAUACGGCACUAUUCCUCUUAAAAGAGAAGAUCAUGAAGAGGUUCUUUGUAGCAGUUUUCCUCUUUGGAUCAAUGAUCUGUCUAUUAGAAGCACAUGUGUUGGAUGGGACAAAAGAGCUUACUGCAGGGAUCACCGAUGCAGCCUUGAGGACCAGGCGUAUGGUUGGUGGUCUCCUUACACCUGGAAAUGUUCCCUGGCAGGCCUUGGUGUACCUCAGUGACAGCAAGCUGGAUGGGGGCAUCGGUGGAGGAGCGCUGAUCGCCCCACAGUGGAUUCUGACUGCUGGCAGGAAUCUAUUUGUGAGGAAGACACAAAAAGAUAGCAGGGGAAAAGAGCCCUUGAUUCCAAAAGUCUAUCUGGGUGUCGUCCAGCGUUCCAAAGCUGAUGCCUCUAAUGAAGUGGCAGUGGAGAAGGUGUUUCUACAUCCAGCUUACCAGAAUGCCUCAGAUAUAGACAAUGACCUGGCGCUGAUCCAGCUGAAAGAGCCAGUGAGCUUCAGUGACACUGUUUUCCCUAUUCCUCUGCCUGAAAAAGAUGACAACCUGGAGGAGCGAGAGGGACAGAAGGGUGUCAUUGCUGGUUGGGGCUGGGGCCCGUUUCUUUAUUUCUCUGAUAGGCUUAAGUUCCUCUCCCUUCCAAUUAUACAGAGUACCGCAAAUCAUGAUAAGAUCAGGACGACCCGCACUAAAUUCCAGGAGAAUGUGUGCUAUGGAGAUGCAGGUGGAGCUUUGACCCUCCUUAAUCCUGCUACCAAAAAAGUCUAUGCUGCUGGAAUCCUUUCCUAUGAUGAGGCAUGCACUAGAGAUCAGGAUGCUAUUUUCAUAAAGAUCUCAUCAUACCUGCCAUGGAUCCACAGUGUGAUGAGGGGUGAUUCAGAGCAUUUUUCGUCUCUUCGUACCUCCAUCAUGACCAAUUUGAUUGCAAAGUAAUCGUGAACACAUACAGUUCUUUGUAAAAUUAAAACUGGCAAAGAAUAAAUGUAUUUAAAAGUGUCA